AUGGCGGGUGCAAUUUUAUCCUCCAUCAUCAAAUGGAUGAUCGGCAACAUACCUGCAUCACUUGGCUCGGCACUCUCAUCCCAGCAAGGCAGUGUUCACGAGGAUCUGUCCAAGAUGGAGGGAACACUGUCAAGGAUUCAAGCAGUUCUCAGCGAUGCAGAGGAGAGGGAGAUAAGAGAUGAAGCAGUGAAACUCUGGCUGAAAGAGCUAAAAGACUUGGCUUACCUUGCUGAGGAUGUUUUAGCUGAGUAUGGGUAUGAGUUUCUGCGAAUCAAAGCUGAGGGUGGAGAUCUACCACGACCUGCAACCAGGAAAAGAAAGUUGGAGGCAAGAAAAUUGGUUGCUACUACUGUUCUUCCAACCCAAAUUGCAAUUCCAGGUGGCAUACAAAGUAGGAUCAAGGAUAUUAGCAUAAGAUUUGAUGAGCUCGCAGAAGAACGGAAAGCCCUGAGUCUUAAAGAUAACAUUGGAGUGAGCAGAUCUAGUGUACCAGUUCAGCCUCCGCAAAGCACCCCAUAUGUAGAUGAAUCUUGUGUUUAUGGAAGAGAAGAAGAUAAGAAAAAAAUUGUAGAAAUGCUGGUAUCAGAGAAAGGCAGUGCAGACAAAUUAUCCGUCAUACCCAUCAUCGGCAUGGCCGGGAUUGGAAAGACCACCCUGGCUCGACUCGUUUACAAAGAUCCAACAGUACGCCAAUGCUUCAACACAAGAGUAUGGGUCAGUGUCUCAGUAGAUUUUGAUGUGAUCAAAAUAUACAAAGCUAUCAUAGAAAGCAUUACUCAGGAAAAAUGUGACCUCACAGAACUAAGCUCACUACAAUCUGUUCUCAAGGAAGAAUUGGUGGGAAAGAGACUACUGCUUGUUCUGGAUGAUGUUUGGACUGAAGACAUAAACCUUUGGGAUAGCUUAAGAGUGGCUUUCAUCAGUGGAGGACGGUGCAAAUUCCUUGUCACCACUCGUAACGAGUCAGUGGCAAGGAUUAUGCAAACAGUGCUUCCAUAUCAGCUUGCUGGCCUGACUGAAGAUCAAGCUUGGUCGUUGUUCAAGCAGUAUGCACUUGAGAACCGAGACCCUGACAGCAGCCGCAACCUGGAAGAAAUUGGCAUGAAGAUAGUUCAAAAGUGCAAAGGCUUGCCAUUGGCUAUAAAGAACCUUGGAGGGCUUCUUUACUAUGAAGAAGACAAAGAUAAGUGGGAAGACAUCUUGCAAAGUGAUUUAUGGGAACUAGACGAGGAAGAUGAUGGUAUUCUGCCUGCACUGAGAGUAAGCUACCAUCGCAUGCCUACACAUCUAAAACCAUGCUUCAUGUACUGCACCUUGUUUCCAAAAAAUUAUUUGUUCGAGAAGGAUGAAUUGAUCAAAUUGUGGAUGGCUCAAGGCCUUAUCCCAUUCGUGGAAACAAGACGAGCUGAAGACAUAGGAAAGAAGUAUUUUGAUGACUUACACAGACGGUCAUUCUUUCAAUUGUCUCCAAUUGAUGAGGAAUUACCUUUGAUUCGUUCAUCCCUCCAGUUGUCACUGACAGGUAGCGAAAACCUGCAGAAGAAAACAUCCUUUAUCAUCUCACAACAUGAGGACCAGCAAUUGUUUCUGAUGCAUGACCUCAUCUGCGAUCUAGCACGAUCAAUUGCAGGCGAAGAAUGCAGUGUUAAUAAGGAUGAGAAGGUGAGCUACAUCACCAAUGAAGCCAGCCAUCUAUCUCUGAUUCCAUAUGAAGCCAAAGCUGACAUCCAAUUUGAACCUCUGAAGGAGGAGAACAGAAGGAUUAGAUCACUGCUCUACGUAAAUACAAAGGUAAAAACUUUGAACGGAGGAGGUAUCGGUGAUGUCUGCCAGAAUGUGAGGUUGUGUAGUGAUCUGUUCCGGAUGUUACCAUGUUUGCGGGUGAUUGAUCUGAGCUAUACCAGAAUCAAGCAGCUUCCAAGUUCCAUCGGUCAGCUGAAACUGCUAUGCUAUCUUGGUCUCCGGGGAAGUACAAUAAAAGGGUUACCUAACUCUUUAGGUAGUCUAUAUUACCUGCAGACACUGGAUUUGAAGUACUGCAGGAGCCUCCAAGAACUACCCAAUGGGAUUGUCAAGCUCAUUAAUCUGCGGCAUUUGGAGCUUCCAACAAAGGACUUUGCAGCUUGUGUUAGUCUACCAUCAGGGAUCGGAACUCUUACUAGACUUGAGACCCUUUCAGCAUUUAAUGUCAACAGGCACUGUAGAAUUGAUGAAUUGAAGCAGCUGAGAAAUAUUAGAGGACAUCUUGGCAUAGCAGGGCUUCAGAAUGUUGCCAGUGGAAAGGAAGCCAGCAUAGCAGAUUUGAAGGCCAAAGAGCAUUUACGAACAUUGGCAUUAAUAUGGAAUUCUGAGAAAAGCACCCAAGCAAGUAGUUCUCAGGGUCCUGGUGAGCAACAUAGUGAUGGAUCUACCCUCAACACAGGCAGCAUCACAGAGACCUCCAGCUUUCUGGCAGAUGGUAUUCUUCAAAACCUCCAACCAUACAGAAACCUCAGGCACCUCAUCCUGCGAGGUUAUUGUGGCAUGAGAUUCCCAAGCUGGUAA